AUGCUUUUAUUUGCUGGAUGUUCACGGACGCUUGUUGGAUACGCAUGGCCCUGUCGUCAUGAUAGUGCUUUUCAGGAUACGAGGUUUGCACCGAUUUCAGCACGCGAAUUGAGUCAUCUUACGUGCGGGAUUUCAUUGUUGACUAAUUUCGAGGAAGCCGAGGGAUACCUUGACUGGGAGGUUGGAAUCCAUGGUAUUUGGAUCGAAUUUACCGACGACAAUAACGUUUGCAGAACAGCAACAUAUUUGCCUGAGGUUUCUGCGGAGCAAGGCUGGACGCGAAUUGAAACCAUUGAUUCUCUUCUCCGUAAAGCAGGAUACACAGACCAUAUUACUGAUGAGAUUCGUAAGCGUAUUGUUCUCACUCGAUACCAAAGUUCUAAAUAUACAAUCACCUAUGAGGAAUACAUAAACUAUCUUGAUAAUAUGGGGAUCGUACCAGUUAGAGGGGGGAAAAGAUCAAACAAGUCGUCAAAAGUUGGGAAUUUGCUAUUCGAAUAA